UCUAACGCGCUGGAUGUCACCUCUCGUGGUAAAGUCAACCAAAAAUAAAUAUGAUUGAUAUAAAGAGUUAACAAUUGUUGGUUUUUGAAAAACAAAAUGGUGAAAACUGAAGGAAACAGGAGUUACACGCCUGUUUUGAGACAGUGCUUCCUGACAGCCAGUGUGGCGGUGAACAUCAUAGCGCACGGCUGCGUCAUCGGCUUCUCCGCCAUCCUCAUCCCGAGCCUGCGCCGCCCUGAAUCUCACAUCCAGGUCACCACCAGCGAGGAGUCAUGGAUUGCAUCCAUCGUUGGCUUCGCGUUAAUCAUGGGGAACUUCAUCAUCACGCCCCUCAUGGAUACAUGGGGCAGGAAGAAGUGCCACCUGCUGACCACUGUGCCUGUCCUCACUGGCUGGUUCCUCCUCCUCCUGGUUAACAACGUAGCUGGUUUGAUCACCGCACGAUUCCUGCAAGGCAUAUCCAUGGGUAUGCUCGGCCCCUUAGGUUCAAUUAUAAUAGGAGAAAUGACAGACCCCAAAAAUAGGGGUGCAUUCCUAACAAGCGUAUCUCUUUCUUUGACAAUUGGAGUAUUGUCCACCCACUCUAUGGGCACUUACUUUAGUUGGCAGCAGAAUGCUUUAAUAUGCUCUUUCAUCACGUUCACGAGCCUACUCCUCAUAAUAUAUAACCCUGAAUCUCCUUCGUGGUUGAUAGCCAAAGGCAGGUUUAAAGAAGGAGAAGAAAUCUUCUUCUGGUUAAGAGGAAGGAAUGCAGAACAAGAAGCUGAACUUGAGAACAUGAUCGCUGCUCAAAGGAUGAACAGGAAAUCCAGUGUUAGUGAAGAACAAUUGCCGUUGAAAAUUAAAGUUAAAAGAUUCUUCGUGUAUUUAAAGGACACGUCGAAAAAGCCAGAAUUCUACAAACCAAUAACGAUCAUGUUUCUGUUGUAUACGAUGUUCCAAUUUGCUGGAAUCAACGUGAUAAGUUCUUACGCUAUGGAUAUAAUUCACCAAGUGGUGGGGCCAACAGCGAAUGCGAAAUUUUUAAUGGUCCUUUUGGAUGUGGAGAGACUUAUUUGUAACAUUUUAGCUGUAUUCCUCAUGAAGACGUUAAGAAGAAGGACAUUAUUGUUUAGCAGUGGUGCUGUGUGUGUGUUGUCUUAUAUAGGAAAGUGUUUGUAUGUGUACGCGAAACAAAACAAUAAGUUACCAUUCGAUAAUGAACUGAUACCGAUCUUAUUAAUUGCUUUAUACAUGAGUUCUUUAACAGUUGGUAUAUCUUCAAUACCGUUUGCGAUAUCAGGGGAGAUUUUCCCUUUAGAAUAUCGAGGAUUAGGGGGCGGAAUUAGUGUAUUGGCUUUGUCUUUGAACUUUUUCAUAGCUGUGAAAUCUUUCCCUAUCUUAACUCACUCUAUAGGAUUACCUUCGACUUAUCUAUUGUACGCUGGGAUUGUAGUCGUAUGUUUAGUUGUUAUUUAUUUCAUGAUGCCUGAAACUAAAGACAGAACCCUCCAAGAGAUUGAGGACAGCUUCAGAGGCUUGUCUCGCGCAGACCAAAAGAGUGCGGAACCACUUAACAGCUAUACGAAUGGUGAGAUGCGGCGAUGCAGUUCCCACAUACUGUAUUAAUUAUGAUAUUAAUGAUGAUGAAGAGAUUUAGAUUUCCUAUAUAGGAGAGAGAAUAAUGAAUAUAGACAGAUAUUAGAAGGAGAUAAAUCAUGAAAUAACUGCACUGCAGCAUUAAGUGUUUGUAGGCUAACGUAUUUAUUACUUAGAUAAUACAAAGAACUUUUAGAUGCCGGUUUUAGUCAGUACAAAAAAACCUGCAGAUCUAUUUAAGUUUUAAAUUUCAUGAUUAAUUGUUGCUUGCAUGAGUUUUAGUGUGUUCUAAUAUAGCAUUUCCCUUAUCGUCAGAGUAUUUAAAAGUUUAAGGACCUGAAGGCACAUAAAAGUGGUUUACAUUAAGGUCACGUAUACUUUAUUCAUGAAGUAGGUUUUAAAGUAGGUAGGUAACAUUGACGUCUAAAUUUAUGGAAAGUUGCGUGAAUUUGUUUACAAGUUUAGAAUGACAUAAAGAAU